AUGGUUCGGUCAGCCUUCUUGGUACUACUAAGUGUAAUCGUCUUAAUUGCUGCAACGACGGAGGGGAAACCGAAGCAACGGUUAAGUCGAUUCCCUGAAGAUUUCGAGUUCGGAUCGGCCACGUCUGCAUACCAAUCAGAAGGCGCUUGGAAUGUUGAUGGGAAAGGACUUUCUAUAUGGGACCACCUAGUACGCACAACGCCAGAACAUAUAUUCGACAACACCACCGGAGACGUAGCGGCCAAUUCCUACUUUCUUUACAAGCGGGACAUUGAAAUGCUGAAAGAGCUCGGUGCUGCCAACUAUAGGAUGGCAAUAUCAUGGCCAAGAAUAUUGCCAAAUGGCGACACCAGUCAAGUGAACCCACUGGGUAUCGCCCAUUAUAACGCCGUAAUCGACGAGCUGCUCGCAAAUGGAAUUACACCAUUUGUCACAAUUUACCAUUGGGAUCUACCGCAAGGACUAAGCGAAAAGGGUGGCUGGCUAAACGAUAGCAUAGUAGAGUGGUUCGCGGACUACGCUAGGAUCCUCUACGAGAACUUUGGCGAUAGGGUAAAGAAUUGGUUGACAGUGAACGAACCGUAUGUCCACUGCUUCCUGGGCUACGGGUCGGCUCUUCAUGCACCAAAGGUGAACUCGCCGGGUGUGGGCUAUUAUGACUGCAGUAGGAAUAUGCUUUUAGCCCAUGCGAGGGCUUACCAUAUAUACGACGAGGAGUUUAGGGCGUCGCAAGGCGGAGAGGUCGGCAUUGUUUUGAGUUUGGACUGGCCGAUAGCAGAGAGCGACUCGGAGGAUGACCAAAAUGCCGUCAAAGAUUAUAUUGCAUUUGGCCUUGGACAUUUCAUGGACCCCAUAUUCACGGAGAGGGGCAACUAUCCACAAAGGGUGAUAGACCGCGUUGAAACAAACAGCAUUCAGCAAGGAUACAAUGCUUCGAGACUUCGUCCUCUAACUGAGGAGGAGAUUGACUACCUAAAAAGCACGUCCGAUUUCCUCGGACUCAAUCAUUAUUCCAGCAAGAUCGUUUAUAGGAAUGAAUCUGUAAUUGGGCAGAACGAGGUACCGUCACUAAUUGAUGACGCUUUUUACGGCCAAUAUAAUCAUCCUUCUUGGCCGCUUACCGGUGGAUUUAUUUACGAAUACGCACCGGGCUUCUAUAAUCUUCUUAAGUACGUGAAAGACACAUACAACAAUCCGAAGGUAUACAUCACUGAGAAUGGGUGUUCCGUAACCGAAACGGGUCUCGUAGACCCCAUUAAGGUGCGCUACUACAGAAACUACCUGAGCGCACUUCUCCAAGCAAUAGAGGAGGGAGCAAACGUGAAGGGCUAUUUCGCUUGGAGUUUGAUGGACACCUUCGAGUGGACCUUCGGGAACACCUUAAAAUUCGGCCUGUACGAAACCGACAUGAACGACCCAGACAGGAGAAGAACCGCGAGAAAAUCUGCCCUCGUGUACAAAGAGAUCGUGAGGAGCAAAGUCAUCGACUACGAUUACGACGUCGACCCUUACAGUCAG